ACUGAGGGCCGGGAUUGGCUGGUUUUGGAAACUUCUGUAGCCCAGCUUCUGUCACGUGGUGUGUGCUGUUUUCUUAUCACGUGGCUGCCGCCCAGUGUAGGCUGCAUGAGGGGGUUGCGGACUACCGCAGUCCUGCUCGGCGGAGGGGUGAGUGACCGGCCCCGCCCCUUCCGGUCCUCGGAGCUCGUCCACCGCCCGUUCCCCAAAUCCCAGAGGUCCACUCCUGAGGAAGAAACGAAAACCACGCCUUUGCCUUAAUUUUUCAGGCUGCUGUGCUCUUGUCACUUCUUUGGAUGCCGGCGCUGUUGCCUGUGGCCUCCCGCCUUCAGUUGCUACCCCGAGCCUUGCUGUCCAUGGCUUCAGGAAGCUCCCCGUCCCAGUCCUCGCCAGCCUCUGGCUCCGGCUAUAUUCCUGGCUCAGUAUCUGCAGCCUUUGUCACCUGCCCCAACGAGACGGUCGCCAAGGAGAUCGCCAGUGCAAAAGUCCAGGUCAUGGGAUGCUCUGAAUGGGGCUGUCUCUUCACCUUCAGGGCUGUGGUGGAGAAGCGCCUGGCAGCCUGCGUCAACGUCAUUCCUCAGAUUACAUCCAUCUAUGAGUGGAAAGGAAAGAUUGAGGAGGACAGUGAGGUGCUGAUGAUGAUUAAAACCCAAAGUUCCUUGGUUCCAGCUUUGACAGAUUUUGUUCGCUCUGUGCACCCUUAUGAAGUGGCUGAGGUGAUUGCACUGCCUGUGGAGCAGGGAAACUUCCCAUACCUGCACUGGGUGCACCAGGUUACAAAGUCAGUUUCUGACUAGCGUAGUCCCACCAUGAUGAACCCUGUUCCUGCCAUGUUGCUCUCAUAUACUUCAAUGCCCUCUGACUUCCAGGUGAUGACUGGGUCCCUAAUAAAUCCUACCUUUGGUUCUUUCUUG